CUGCUCCCGAGACCCAGGGGGCUGCUGCCCGAGGGGAGGAGGACUGCAAGAGCAACCAUAGCGAAUCUGGGAGUGUCAGUUAUGAGGAUUUAUUCGAUUGCUGGCAAGAGCGGCAUCUGAAGAGAAAGUGUCUCUCACAGCCUCUUUGGUAGCUCUUGACCGCCCCAGGCGAUCGCCAGGAUUGAAUGUGGACCCAGGCUGAGUUCUUCGAGAAAGAGGAAAGGAAAUGGUAUUUUGCAGUCAUGGCUUCAGAGAAAAUUUGAAGACAGUAAGGAUUGUAUCCUGGAGCCGCUUUCCCUGCCAGAAAGUCCAGGUGGCACCACCACUUUAGAAGGUUCUCCAUCUGUGCCUUGUAUUUUCUGUGAAGAACAUUUUCCUAUGGAUGAACAAGACAAACUUCUGAAGCACAUGAUUAUUGAACAUAAGAUGGUCAUAGCUGAUGUCAAGUUGGUUGCUGAUUUCCAAAGGUACAUUUUAUAUUGGAGGAAAAGGUUCACUGAACAGCCUGUUACAGAUUUUUGUAGUGUGAUAAGAAUCAAUUCCACAGCUCCACUUGAAGAACAAGACAAUUACUUUUUGUUAUGUGAUGUUUUACCAGAAGAUAGAGUACUUAGAGAGGAACUUCAGAAACAAAGACUGAAAGAAAUUCUGGAACAACAGCAGCAAGAAAGAAAUGAUAACAAUUUUCAUGGUAUUUGUAUGUUUUGCAAUGAGGAGUUUUUCGGGAACAGAUCUGUUCUUUUGAACCACAUGGCCAGAGAACAUGCUUUCAACAUUGGCUUGCCAGACAACAUUGUAAACUGCAAUGAAUUUCUGUGCACAUUACAGAAAAAGCUUGACAACUUGCAGUGCUUAUACUGUGAGAAGACCUUCAGGGACAAAAAUACGCUUAAAGAUCAUAUGAGGAAAAAACAGCAUCGGAGGAUCAAUCCUAAGAACAGAGAAUAUGACCGAUUUUAUGUCAUCAAUUAUUUGGAACUUGGAAAAUCAUGGGAGGAAGUUCAGUUGGAAGAUGAUCGGGAGUUGCUAGACCAUCAGGAAGACGACUGGUCUGAUUGGGAAGAGCGCCCUGACUCUGCUGUCUGCCUAUUUUGUGAAAAGCAAGCAGAAACAAUUGAGAAAUUAUGUGUCCACAUGGAGGAAGCACACGAUUUUGAUCUCCUCAAAAUAAAGUCAGAACUUGGAUUGAAUUUCUAUCAGCAAGUAAAAUUGGUCAAUUUCAUUCGAAGGCAUAUUCACCAAUGUAGAUGUUAUAGUUGCCAUGUGAAAUUCAAGUCCAAAGCAGAGUUAAGGACUCACAUGGAAGAGACUAAACAUACAUCACUGCUUCCUGAAAGAAAGAUAUGGGAUCAACCAGAGUAUUAUUUUCCAACCUAUGAAAACGAUAUUCUACUAUGUACACUGUCUGACAGUGAAAGUGACCUGACAGCUCAGGAACAAAAUGGAAAUAUCACCAUCAUCAGCGAAGAUACAUCUAAACUGCAUGCUUUGAAACAAACCAGUAUUUUGAACCAGUUGCUACUACAUGAGGGCUUGAAAAACUAGAAGAAAAUGCCACAGAAGCAACUUAUCAUGUUUUUCACUUAUGAGACAGACUCAGAAAAAUUGUUUAAAUUUGAACAUCAGCAAAAGAUUAGACCCUGGUGAAAUAAAAUUUUUCAAAAGUACUUUUUAAAAAAUAAAGUGAGGACUUUUUGUAUUUUUGGCUAUAACGUUUUACUAUGUAAUCAUUAUAAAUGAUCUCAUUUCAUUAGACUAGGUUAUCUAUAAUAAGGAGGACAUGUGGGGUGCCUAGUUGGCUCAGUUGGUGGAGCAUGUGACUCUUGAUCGCAAGGUCAUGAGUUUGAGCCCCAUGUUGGAUGCAGAGAUUACUUUAAAAAAAAAUUUUUUUUAAUAAGGAAGACAUGCAAAUCACAAAUGAAGUGUUCAAAUUAUUGAUAAAGUUUUUUUUACUCUAUCACCCAUUCUCCUGCAGACUGGUAGAUGUAAGAAGUUCCAGUAAAUUUGUGUUCAAAAUUAUUUUUUGUCAAGGAUAAUUUAUAAGAAGUACUAUCCCUGUUGUAUCACACCAGGCAUGUAAUAUCCAUGUACCAGUUUUAGGGAUGUGAGAAUUGACAGUCCACUCAGAUGUUGUCAGCCAGUGGAUUCUUAGAAAGUUCCCCAUCGGUCUUUCAUCUAACCAGUUUAGUAUUCAUUGGUAAUUGUUACUUAUUAUUUUUUGUAAUGGCUGCAAAAUGAUGAUUUUUCUAAUUCUAUCAUUUCUUUUACAGUGGGUUCUUUACACAGCAUGUGUGCUAUGGAGCACUGGAGUUUUAAGUUCUAGUUUUCAAUUGUUAGUACCAGUCUGUGUAGGCAGUACCCAAAAACUAAUCUUGAAGUAAUAUAGACUGUCCAGAGUCUCAAGCCUAAUCUCCUGCCAUAUGAUCCAAAAUUGACUGGAUUUGUAAGUUAUAUAGGCUCUGACCAUGGCUUUAGAUUUCCAAGCCUCCAGCUUUGCAGACACCUGUACAAGGCUUUUAUUAAAAACCAAGCAGAGAAAUGCAAGCCCUUAUUAUAAUGGAAAAUGCCUAAUUAAAGACGCAAUUGAUCUAAAUUGA